UCGUUCGGCUUUAGGACCUUGAGGAUUCCACUGCAAAGGACAGCUCCACCUCCUCCUCCUCCUCCUCCUCCUCCACAAGGCUGUUUACCAAGAAGCCUCCUGUGACAAAAACAAGGGCUGGGGCUCUGAGAGAGGAGCAGUGUGUUUCCAACACAGGCUCUUCCUGCGUUUCCACAUCUUUAGGAGGACAUUUGCUGCUGUUCCCUGCAGGGAAGAUGUCUGUUUCUUCAGCUCGUCAGCUCUGCAGAAUGUUUUUCUCUUUGCAUCUUGUUUUCUUGAGCGCAGGGGUAGUAGGGAGCAGCGCAUCCGCUCAAACAGAUUGUGUUAGGUCGGAUGGUUUGGACUACAGAGGGAAGCAGCAGAGCUCCUCCUCUGGUCUAACCUGUCUGAACUGGAUCAAUACUACAAGAGACUACGAUGCUGAAAUCCAUCCAGAUUCACAAACAGGUGCCGGAGAUCAUAAUUACUGCAGAAACCCAGACGCCUCUGAGAGGCCUUGGUGCUACAUUGCUGGCCCAGAUGGGACAAUCCAGAGACAGUUCUGCACCAUCGAGACAUGCAAAGAGCAAACAUCUGCAGCGCCAGUCGAGGCCGCGUCCUCAGGGUCGACAGGAAGCACGGCCUCCGUGGAGAGCUUCCAGGCGGUGAGGUCAGGAAUUUCUCAGGCAGAAGUUGCUGCUGUGCAGCCAGUUAUGGGAAUCAGUCAGCGUGUGCACACCGGACCCAAGAAGAAAAAGGAUCUUGGGACUACUGGAUAUAUCCUGGCUAUCCUCAUGAUGGCGGUUAUAAUCGUCCUUGGGGUCGGCAUCACGCUGGGAUACUUUUAUAAACGGGGUCGAGACUUAAAGAAGCAGCACGAUCAGAGAGUGUACGAGCGAGAGAUGCAGAGGAUCACGCUGCCCCUGUCGGCCUUCUCCAACCCCACCUGUGAGCUGAUAGAUGAGAACACCAUUGUGAUCACCGCCGAGCCAGAGACCACACCCGUCCAGGAGGGAGAGGACCCUCUCAUGGGUCAGCACGCUGGCACUCCGGGAGCAUGAGUCGUGUGCAGGCCGUUGGACUUUUUUUUCCCUUUUUUCGUUUGUGGACAGAAACAUCUCAGAUCCCUGUUUCUCCUCUCGGAGCAUCCGUAGUUGUAAAGGAGUUGGGAAGCAGCAUCCGUUCCAAAGACUUGAACUAAACACUGUGUCCCUAAUUCUUUUAUCAACAUGCGAGGCACAAAUGAGACGAGGCAGCUGCACAAUGGACAUGGGCUAAAGCAUGAAAUCACAAAGGCUGUUAAUGAGGACGUGUCAUAGUGUCUUAAGAUUAAAGGAUGCCCCCCCGCCCUGAAGUAACUGUAACAACAUCCAGUAAGUUACAAGGAGAUGGUCUAAGGAAAAAAAGGAGUGAUGUGCACAAAGCUCUGUUUUCCUAAAAAAGCAGACCCACACGCGUCCUGCUAGAAAAAAACUACCUUGAGCAUGUUACUCCUGAAUGUAGUUUCUCCUCUUUGAACUCUGCAGGAACACUCCAGUUCAGAAGCAUCUAGUGUUUUGUCGGCAGAUUUGAGGUGAAGACUUGCCUUUUUUUCUUCCACAGGUUAAGGAGUGACAGGAAAUGUACAGAUUGCACUCAGGAAAAGUAGCUCGGCGUCCAGAGAAAAUGGCACCGCCACAAACAGGCAGGAUCAGAAACAGGGAGUUUGUUGAAGUCCAGGAGCCGCCUGGUGCACAGAUGACAGUCAGUUCAGCACCUGAGGCCACAGAGCAGACGAGGGAAAGGAGCAGUACAAAGUGUGCACGUGUUCCUGUGAGACAUUCAAAAAUGUGCUUGCAUGUACUUAGCUGCCUGAUGUAUUUCCGUGACUUGGGCUAUCUUUCCCUUUUGCUCUGAGAAGUUGAGAAGUAGAUCUACUUAAAAAAAUCUAUCAUGGCUGAAAGUAGAAGUUUUUAUGAUGCACUGUUCCUUCACAUUGUGUUUGUAAUGUAGAGUCUUUAUUUUUGAACUUUCAUCACUGGCAAUUAUUGCUGUCUACCGUUAAUACCUUUAAGUGUUGGAUGUAAUUAUUUUCUGACUAAUGUGUUGAUAGCAUUAGAUUUGAGCUUGUGUACUGGUGUAAACAUUUUCACUGCUGAAAGAAUAAAACGUGGAGGAAAAGCUGUA